CGCAACGUAUAUUCCGAAUCACUAGGGCAAUUUCUAAAAGUUCCUCGGCAUUCGCCCUGCACCACCUCUAUAUGUCUCUGAGUUGCUUUCGUGUACACGCCAUUCUGACAAUUCGCUACAUUUCCCAUCGUCUCAAUCUCUCUCACUCCAAUUCCAGGGUUCGUUGUAGUAAGAGGAACAUGAGUCAAGCUGAAAUGGUAAAAAUGGUUAAUGGUUCCAACUGCUGUUCGUCUAAGGUAGUCAUCAAUGAUCCCAAGUUGCUUCAUCAGAAAAAAACAGCUAUUCGCCUUGCCGGACCCUCGAAAUUCCAGGUUAUUGCAGAUUUUGACAACACACUGACAAAGUUUUGGGUUGAUGGAUUUAAAGGACACUCUAGUCACGCCCUCCUGCAACAGGAGAAUCCUGAGUACAAUGCAAAGAGAGAUGAGUUAUUCAACUACUAUCAUCCUUUAGAAUUUGACCCUGAAAUUCCAAUUGAUGAAAAAACAAAGCUCAUGGAAGAGUGGUGGGGUAAGACCCAUGGUCUCCUUAUUGAAGGUGGCCUUACAUAUGAUGCAAUAAGAAACUCUGUAGCUGGUGCCAUGAUUGCUUUCAGAGAAGGUGUAGUUGAGCUUUUUGAGUUUUUAGAGGAGAGAGAUGUCCCAAUUCUUAUAUUUUCUGCAGGUCUAGCAGAUAUCAUUGAGGAGGUUCUUCGUCAGAAACUUCAUAGGACUUUCAAAAAUGUUAAGAUUGUAUCAAACCGGAUGAAAUUUGACGAGACUGGUAACCUAGUAGCUUUUACAGGGAAGUUGAUUCAUAGUUUAAAUAAGAAUGAGCAUGCUCUUGAUAUGGCUGCUUCUUUACAUGAUCAAUUGGGUGAAAUUGAUGAUCAUGUGAUUGAUAGUGCCUCUGUUAAAAAGAGAACCAAUGUGUUACUCCUUGGUGAUCACAUGGGAGACUUAAGAAUGUCUGAUGGUUUGAACUAUGAAACCCGUAUUUCUGUGGGAUUUUUGAAUAAUAACAUUGAGAACUCUCUUGAUAACUACCGGAAAGGCUUUGACAUUGUUUAUCUAGAUGAUGCACCAAUGUCUGGGGUGGUGAAGUUGGUCUCAGAAUUAUUUUCAUCUGCUAGUGAUUAAACUUUAUGGAAAUGGAUUCUAUGAAGAAGCAUAUGGUGUUGUAUUUCUGAGAUUUUCUCAUUAUUCUAGCAUUCUUUUGGCUCUAUGAUACUUGUCUUUAUUGCCUUCUUUUAGGGGAGGGUGGGGGGAUGUGUAGUUUCACUCCCUUCUAAUCAUUGUGGAUAAACCGCUUAGCAAUUAAUUGUAUGACCAAAUAAAAUUAUCCAGCUUUUGGAUGUUAACAUGGUUUGAUGAAGUUUGGACGA